CCAGGGAUUUAUAUCAUACUACAAUCAUACAUGUUCUCUGUAACAUCUAUGCCUAUAACUGAAGUUACCGUCUCUACCCUCAGGUAACAUCACCACCCUCUGCCAUGUCCCAGAAUUCAUUCCCACCACUCGCAGCUCCACCAGUAGAUGAGACCUCACCUCAAGUGGUUUCAGAUCAGGUGGCAUCCACAUCCUCUGCCAUAUCCAUUAAUUCAUUCCCAUCGCUCUCAAUUGCUCUAGUACAAGAUGAGACUGUGGCUGAGAGUACCCAAGCUCAAAGUGUGGUUGCAAAUCAGGCUCUUCAAGAAUGGCGAGCAUAAUACAAGUUUGUUGGUGGAUCAGGAGAAGGAGAGGAAGAAACUAGCCUAUCAGGCCUGUGAGGAAAGACGUCAAAAGGCUAUUGAGGGAAGACGUCAGCGACUGUCUGCAUGUGAGGAACCCUCAGAUGGGGCCUUGAUCAAAUUUAAAUAUCCAAAUGGACACAUCAAUGGGAGGAAAUUCAGCUUGUCAGAGCCAAUCCAGAUCUUGUUUGACUUUGUGGGACAAGAUGAUAUUGCCAGUGAAAUCUUUGUAGUGCAAGAAGCCACAUCCUCAAGAUCAAUUGAGAGCAGUUCAUCCGGGUCAAUAAUGGAUCAUGGCAUUAAAGCAUCCUCAACUCUAUAUGUACUUUGGUAUUCAAAUCAGGAUGUACAGGAAAUUCUCUCGGAUCAACAAAAUGAUGGAGCUCAUGCCCUAGACGAUACAUCUCGUGGUCACUCAUUGCUGGCUGAGACCUCCUCCCAGCCAAGUCUCUCUGUGCCCUCUCUCCAGCCACUGCUGUGUGAGACUACCCAGCAAAGUCUCUCUGUGCCCUCUCUCCAGCCACUGCUGUGUGAGACCACCCAGCCAACUCUCUCUGUGCCCUCUCUCCAGCCACUGCUGUGUGAGACCUCCACCCGCUCACUGCUGUCUGAGCCCUCCUCCCAGCCACCACUCACUCUGUUCUCACAACCACAAGAAAUCCUGACUCUUCAUGAUGAACCAUCACUCCCUCCAUCUGCCCAGGAACCAAUCAUUAUUCUUGAUGAACAAGAUGAGACAGUUACACAAAAUCAGUCUCAUGUAUCAACACAUCACCUCAGAGGACCUGUGGAUGAGAUUGAUCUACAAACCAUAUUGAAAAAAAUGGUCAGCAAAGUUGACGGAAGCUUCUGUCCAACAAGCAACCAAAUAAAUGUGUGCAGGGAUAAUGUUUUACUGUGUAGCCUGCGGGCGUUCAAGCGUAGGUUCUUAAACCCUGAAGCAAAAUUGGAUGUUGUGUUUGUGGAUGAAGAUGACAAUGGUGAAGGGGCAGUUGACGAAGGCGGCCCGACAAGAGAGUACCUAAGGCUGUUAAUGAGGGCUGUCCACCAGUCCAAUAUCUUUGAGGGCCAUGAGAAAGACCGGCAGUUGUCUCUUGAUACUCAAGCUUUGCAGACUAAACUUUACACAUGGGUGGCAAAAAUGAUUGCUGUGUGUGUCGUCCAUGGAGGAGUCGGUCCACACUUCUUUUCCGAAAGGCUUUUCCAUCAAAUCUGUGGGAUACCAACACCCCCCGCCACAGUGGAUGAAGUUGGUGACCAUACUUUCAGGGAACAGUUAAUAAAAAUACAGGAAGCAAUAACAGUCCAAGAGGCGAACACUGCAAUUGCAGAGGCAGCAGAUAGUCUCAGCAUUAUAGGUUCCUUAAGACAUGUUUCCAGCCUGAAGGAGAAGGACUCCCUUGUACAGUCAGCUGCAGACUUCUUCGUCAAUGGAAGAUUGGUGACUGCCCUGGACCAGUUUGCUGAGGGGUUAAAAACCCUUGGUUUACUGGAGGAGCUGAGGAAAAAUCCAGCAGUGUUCUACAACAUGUUUGUCAGUGAGAAGAUUCCACUACAGGCGAAGGAACUAUGCACUUUAUUUGACGUGGACUUCUCUGUGCAGGGCAGCAACAGGAGAGACCGAGAAAACCAGACAAUAUGCUUUUGGCGUGACUGGUUAAUUGAAAUUGAAGAAGGAGAAUGCAGUCCAGUCACCCUGGAGAAGGUAUUGGAGUUUACAACUGGAGCCUCAACAGUGCCUCCGCUGGGAUUUCCACACCGUCCACAAAUUCAGUUCCUUCAUGAGGGCAACAGAAUCUUCCCAGAAGCAAAUACUUGUGCUCUUCUACUCCGCCUGCCGCUGCACUCUGCCUAUGAAGCCUUCAAACAAUACAUGAUGGAGGGAAUUUUGCAAGCUCCAACCUUUGGACUUGCAUGAUGUCACUGUGUGUAAAAUUUGUUGAUGGAAAUUCAGUUUUCACUUGAGCUAUAUUUAUGCUUAGAAGUUAGUUGAUAGAAUGCUGUGUUGAAGCAAGUCACAGGUUC